GCAACCAAAAAAUGUUAUCCUUUGCAUUUCAUGCAUUACUAUUCAUUAUCCUACAUUGCACAUAUACUUAUGUAAUUUUAAACUUGUACAACUACUUAAUUAUGCUCUACAUUUUGUGCAUAUCAAGGGCAGUAUGUCUGUCAAGCUCAGAUGAGGAUAGUGCCGGACAGGAUCAUGCAUCUAGUGGGCCUUUAUCUUCCCCAAUUCCAAACAACCUCCAACCACAGGCUCCCCACUCACUCAAGACCCGUCCAUUUAUCCAACCCCCUCCACUUUCAGCUCCUUUAAUGUCUGUUACUUCAGAACGACCCAGUACAAUUCUUCAAGAUCCCAGUUCUGUAGUUCGAGAUCAGCAUUUACCUCCCCGAGUGCCAGAGAACCGCCAACCGGAGACUCCCCACUUACACAGGGCCCAUCCAUGUAUUCAGCCCUCUCCACCUUCAACACCUUUAAUGGCUGUUACACCAGAGCACCCCAGUAGAGUUCUGCAAGGUGCUAGUCCUUCAUUUAGAGAUAGCAUGUUUGCCCGGCUCUUAACUGUCCUGGAGGAAAUAAAGGAGACGCAGAAGGUCCAUGGGAGGAUGCUACAAUCACUUCUCACACAACGGGAUGCAACUACAGUUAGAGCUGCUCUUCCAGAGGACACCGUUUUCCCCCUGAGGACAGUCUCGGAUGUUGAUGCAAUGGAGCAGAAAUUGUCAGACCCCACCUUUCUCAACCAAGUGGUUGCUGUGGUGGCAGAUAUUGGAGGGAGUACUGUGGAUGAAGCCAUAAGAAGGAUGAUGGCUUUUCUUUUAGAUCCUGCUCUAUCUAGGCAGUAUAACUUUGUUGGCCGCUAUGGAAAGCAAGAGUUUGGGAGGCUCAAACUGUUUGAGGUGGUAUAUGGAAGUUUGAAAAAAAAUGCCCUAACGAAUACAACAACAAGAAGAGAGGCAGAGAAGGCAGUGUCCAAGUGGCUAAUCGGUGCCAGGGACAGGGGAGGUUAUCGCACUGCCAGGGCACGAGUUGGACAACAAGAUGGGGCCGUUGGUACAGUGACAACAGAGGAUUGAGGAGCUGCACUAAUGUUGUUUUGUUUGUAUUGUUCUAUGCAGUUAAUUAGUUGAAGUUAAUUAAACUUUUUAAAGAGUUAAUUAAAGGGUUGCUCCACAAAAAAAGAAUAAAUUGUCAUAAAUUACUUUUCCUCAUGUCGUUCCACACCUGCAAGACCUUUGUUCAUCUUCAAAACACAAAUUAAGAUU